AUGGUUCGUGCAGACACCCUGGAUGCCAUUCUUUCCCGUUACUCUAUAACGUUGCAAGACGCAAGGCAGAUGUUGGACUAUUCGGUUGGCCACUCGUUGCACGAGUUCGCCGCACAGUACCUCGUCCAGCCCAACUUCCGAAAAACUUUGCCAGUCAAGAACGCCCAGCUCUGGAAGGGUUACGGGUUCGGCCUGGUCUCAGCCAUGGUGUUUGACUACCUUGUGAAGGAGUGA